UUAAAAUCACCAUCCCCAGUCCAAAAAAUCAAAUCACUAUUACACAAAAAAUAAAAACCGACAGUAUUCAGCAGUGCACUGCACCCUUUCCGUUUAUUCUUCCUUCUCGUAAAAUCUCUGAUUUAUUUUUUCCUGCAUAAUGGGGAAAAAACCUGAUCGAAGCCACUGGAAGACGGUUUUGCCCCUGCUAUUUCUGUCUCUGUUCUCCACCGUCGGAUCAUCAUGGUCGUCGUCCAAUCAUCGGCGAGCAUCAUCAACAAUUCGAUUCCGAUUGGGAAGAGACACUGGUGGGGAGAGGCUGGUUCCGAUGCGGGCAGGUGCAGCCUUUAAGAUUGCUUUGUUUGCGGACCUCCAUUUUGGAGAGGCCGAGUCGACGGACUGGGGACCAGUUCAGGAUGUAAACUCCAUUAGGGUGAUGAACACAGUGCUAGACGACGAAACUCCAGAUUUUGUGAUAUAUCUUGGUGAUGUGAUUACGGCUAACAACAUAAUGGUUGCAAAUGCAAGCUUGUACUGGGAGCAGGCAAUCUCUCCUACGCAAAACAGGGGCAUACCUUGGGCCAGUGUAUUCGGAAACCAUGACGAUGCUCCAUUUGAGUGGCCAUUAGAGUGGUUCUCAACACUUGGAAUUCCUCAAAUCCGUUGCCCUCCAACCGGAACUUUUUGUUCAGCUCCGCCACUGCAUAGGGACACAAUUGGAGGAGAGGCACUUGAGCGAGAGAUACGUGAAGAAGCUAGUGACAAGACGAAAAAUUCAUCACGAGAAGAAGGAUGUUUCAAAGGAACAGGACGACCUGAACUACUGAAGAACGAGAUCAAGCACAAUGGUUCUUUCUCUACCUAUGGUCCUAGAAAUCUUUGGCCAAGUGUCUCUAACUAUGUCCUUCAAGUUUCAUCAUCAGACGAUCCACAAUUGCCCUUGGCUUUCCUCUACUUCCUUGAUUCUGGUGGUGGUUCGUAUCCGGAAAUAAUAUCUAGUGCUCAGGCAGAAUGGUUUCAGCAGAAAAGCAAACAAAUUAAUAGUGAUUCAAGGGUGCCAGAGAUUAUUUUCUGGCAUAUACCGAGUACGGCCUACAAGACCGUCGCUCCCAAGCUUACAAUACAAAAACCUUGUGUCGGUUCAAUUAACAAGGAAAGUGUUGCAUCUCAACAAGCUGAAAUGGGUAUCAUGAAUCUUCUUGUGAAUAGAACUUCUGUCAAGGCAAUAUUUGUUGGACACAAUCAUGGCUUGGAUUGGUGCUGUCCAUACCAAAAACUAUGGCUAUGCUAUGCAAGACACACUGGCUAUGGUGGCUAUGGAGAUUGGCCUAGAGGAGCUAGAAUUUUAGAGAUCACUGAGAAUCCCUUCUCUCUAAAGACUUGGAUAAGGAUGGAGGAUGGUCAAAUGCACAGUGAAGUUGGCUUGAGUUGAAGGUCCAUCAUCUAAUUAUAGAAAAUGCUUAACCAAAAGUAAAUACUAAAGACACCUAUAAACAAAAAAGUAAAUACACGGGAAAAUAAACGAAAAUUGCUGCUAGCAAAUUUGUAAAUUUGUAUUCUUUGCAGGCGUACGCCUGCAUGGGAUUGUAGAUAUACAUUCUUAUGUAUCUUAUUAUUGAAUUCAUUAUACAUAAUAUUCCUGUGUGGUGAGCUUUGUAGGAUGUAUAACUCGUUUUGUCCAAGUCUAAAUUGGCCUUCGCUUGAGAUGGAUGAGGUAUAGCUCCGAGAGAACUGGUAGCCAUGGACACCUGUAAAGACAUUUCGAUGCUCGAGUAAGAGUGAGAGAAGAAUAACGUAUAUUCAGAGUGAAUAACAUACUUUUUUUUUCUUUUUAGAGUUUUCUAUUUUA